GCACUGCAGCAUGAGGCUGUUUUUCAAGGCAGCAAUUCUGUGCCUGGGCCUGGGCUUAGGGCAAUGCACUGAGGAAGCCACCCACAAGAGCACUGUCCACAGCACUCCCACAGCGGAGUCCUCCUCCUCCUCGGACUGGGGUAUUGGGGUCAUCCGCAACAGCUUCGAAGCAGUCAACAGCUACUUUGAUUCCUUCUUGGAACUGCUCGGGGGCAAGAAUGGUGUUUGUCAGUACAGAUGUCGCUACGGGAAAGCCCCGAUGCCACGACCUCAUUAUAAACCUCAGGAACCAAAUGGCUGCAGCUCCUAUUUUCUGGGGCUCAAGGUACCCCAAAGUUUAGAUUUGGGCAUCCCCGCCAUGACCAAGUGUUGCAACCAGCUGGACGUUUGCUACGAUACCUGCGGGGCCAACAAAUACCGCUGCGACGCCAAGUUCCGCUGGUGCCUCCACUCCAUCUGCUCGGACCUCAAGCGCAGCCUGGGCUUCGUCUCCAAGGUGGAAGCUUGCGAAUCCGUCGCAGACACGGUGUUCAAUGCCGUGUGGACCCUGGGCUGCCGGCCCUUCAUGAACAGCCAGCGGAGCGCCUGCAUCUGCAGCGAGGAAGAGCGCGAUGAGCUGUGAGGAAGAGCAGAGCGCCGUGGCGCCCGGGAGC